UUGAUAUACUGUAUUCUGUGGUUUUUAGGCUUCCUAUUUAUCUGUUGGGGCUAUUGCAAACUCUGCUGUUCUACAGCGGAUUUGGCCCAUGGAAAUGCCAGAGAAAUGUCAGCCAUUACCAGGAAGGAAUAAAGUGCGUCCGACGAUCACAGAAGAAAUGCUGACAUCUGAGAAUAUCCCUAGUGUGGAGAAGGUGAGGGCCGUGACGGGAGAGGAGGGUGAGGAAGCCGGAGCGGAGGGCGAGGACUCGGAGGAAAUACCAGCCAUCCUUCAGAAGAUCUUGGCCACCAAAUCACCUCCUGCAUCAGACACAGAUUCUGUCGCCCAUCUCUCGCCUCCCCCCCCAAUCCACAAGACGACCAGUGCGCCAAUAACUCAGAGGCCAGCUGUGUCCCGGAUUCCCAGACAGCGACUGCCCAAAACAAAGAGUUCCGGCCAGUCUACCAUCUCGGUGCCUCCGCCAUCAGCAGAGCCUCACUUACCUCCUCUUCCAAAUGUCUCAGAAAAGCCAACGGCUCCUUCCCCAGAAAUGCAGAAAGCAGAGCAGCAUGUGGACAUGCCGCAGGUCCAGGAGACCCCUCCAUUCAUCCUGCAGUUCCAGGAGAGGAGCUGGUUCUCCAGUAUUCUUCCAGAUGUCCAGACGGGACAUUCAGAGUUUGAAUCCUGCCUAUUGCAAGGGGUUCUUCAGGCAGAUAUUCCAGUGCGAACGCAGCUUCUCCAGGCCCUGCAGACCCUACACAGACAGGGCCACCUGACAGAUCCGCAGAAGGUUCUCCACACCCUGAGAGAGGCAAUAGACACCAUGACAGGGGAACAGGCAUAUGAAGAUAGUGAUUUCCUCUGGUACUUAUUGCGCUUCAUGAAUGAUCUCUUGCGUGGGAGCUCAGAGCUGGUAUUGGAACUGCUGGUGACGUGUGUACUGGUGGAACCUUUCUACAGGGAAAAGUAUCUUGCUCUCUUUGAAGAACUUGGCGUUCAAGAUCCCCAUGGAUUUAUUGGCAAGAAGUGCAGCUCCUGGGACAAUUGGGAGCAGACGGAAAAGAGCAGAAAGAUUCUGAGAAAAACAUGUGAGGACUGGAUGAGGCGCUGGACCCAUCGUUUGAUAGAAUAUGUACAAACAGCUGUGACACAGAACAUUGGACCAAGAACAGUAAUGAGACAGGAACGGUUUGGAGCAGGCAGACAUAAACAGCUACCAGAAUCUUCAUCCAUUGAUGUGACCGCCAUCGAUGUUCUGAAUUAUUACUGUGAGGUGCAGUUGAAGAAGGAAAUCCAGGAGAUGAACGUUUGCAGUCCGGAGCAUGGAAGCACAGUGCUGGCUCUUCCACCAAUAUAUAGAAAGAGAGCAUUGCUGCGACUGGGAGAGACCGCGACACGUAACAGACGCAGAGAACAGGGAGGUGGCGGCCUCCCCCCGAUUACACAUUCUCUUCUUCCCAGUAUCAUCCCAUUUAUAAAUCUGCCUGUGAAGAAAGUCACCCUCCGCCCAUUUACGCCCCCUGCGGACUGCGCAGCAACAGCGUCCCUGACACAGGACAGUCACCGAUACUUCAUCCUGCAGCAGUCACGCGUGGACAGUUAUCACAGGGUCGCUGCAGACUGAACCCCCAAACGCCAGCGUCCCCUUUAUCUGUAUGACCUCAUCGCACAUUAUAUCAGCAAUAAAUGAUGUUACUGUG